CGGCGGCUCCCCUGGGAUUAGUUAUUCAGGCAACGGGGCUCUCUCCCUCUUGUGUUGCAUCAACCGCAACGAUCCGAUCGACAAAGAGCCCAAGCUCCGACGGAGUGCCACGACAGUUACGUGCGCGCAGUCCUGUGAGCUUAUGUGGUGGUAUGUAUAAUCUCCGAAUGUCGGCAGCGACUUGACAGCUUGGCUUCUCGCAUUCGCUAGCACUCGACACGGGCCAUCGUGCUUCGCGAGACGGAGCGCGAAGGGAGCGGCAUACCCAGUCUUUCAUCGGAAUGGAGGCUGCUUCGGCGCGGUACGCCGCUAGAGAUCGUUGGGGGGACAUGGGCGGUGCUCCGGCACAGUCACAGCUCCAGCGGUUCAUCCAGGCCGCUUGCAGCCCCGAGAACUACGAACCGAACCUCGCGCUGAACCUCGAGAUCGCCGACCUCAUCAAUGCCAAGAAGGGUUCGGCCCCGCGCGAGGCCGCCGUCGCGAUCGUCAACUACAUCAACCACCGCAACCCCAAUGUCUCUUUGCUCGCCCUCAACCUGCUCGACAUCUGCGUCAAGAACUGCGGCUACCCCUUCCACCUGCAAAUCAGCACCAAGGAGUUUCUCAACGAGCUGGUGCGCCGCUUCCCCGAACGGCCCCCGGUCCGCCCCUCGCGCGUCCAGCUCAAGAUCCUCGAGGCCAUUGAAGAAUGGCGCCGCACAAUAUGCGAGACGAGCCGGUACAAGGAGGACCUGGGCUUCAUCCGAGACAUGCACCGCCUGCUCAGUUACAAGGGCUACACCUUCCCGGAGAUUAGGAGAGAGGAUGCUGCGGUGCUGAAUCCCAGCGAUAACCUGAAAUCUGCCGAGGAGAUGGAGGAGGAGGAGCGCGAGGCGCAGUCGGCGAAGCUGCAAGAGCUCAUCCGGAGAGGCACGCCCGAGGACCUGCGGCAAGCAAACCAGUUGAUGAAAGUGAUGGCCGGGUAUGACACCAGGUCAAAGGUUGACUACCGCGCCAAGGCUGCCGAGGAGGUCGCAAAGAUUCAGCAGAAAGCUAGGUUACUAGAGGAGAGGCUAGAGGCCUUCAAGCCCGGCGACAAGAUCGUGGACGGUGAUGUCUUCUCGGAGCUCGCGUCAGCUCUCGCGAGCGCCCAGCCCAAGAUCCAGAAGAUGUGCGAGGAAGAGUCGGACGAUCAUGAAGCGGUCGCCAAGCUGCUCGAGAUCAACGACAGCAUACACCGAACAGUGGAGCGGUACAAGUUGCUCAAGAAGGGCGAUAUCCAGGGAGCGCAGCAGCUGGCUAAGGGCGCCCCGACCUCGACAAGCAGCGGAAAGAGUGCGGCAAAUGAGCUUUCCUUGAUUGAUUUUGACGAGGGGGAUGCGAACGGCGGCGCAGCUGCUUCCCAAGCGACCCAGAAACCGACCGGGGUCGAGGACGACCUGCUCGGGCUGUCAAUCAAUGACACGAGUAGUUAUGGCCAAGCAGGCGGAAUUGCCCUGGGCUUCGGUGCCAAUACUAAUGUUCCUGGCCCGGCCUUGCUCUCGUCGGUCACACAAGGAAACAGCGCGAGGGGGCAACUUCCGACAUCCUCACCGUCGCCUGUUCCCUUUUCAAACUACUCCUCCUUCACUUCCGCACCAGGAUCCCAGUCGGGCACCCCUCACCCACCCCAGAGGUCGGCCUUUUCGCCACCAAGCCAGUCUACGGCGACGACAGAUCCGUUUGCGGCCCUCUCGUCGCUGUCCCCUCAGCCACCAUCCGCUCCUGCUCCGACGGCCGCCGCAGCGAACGACGAUGACGAAUGGAACUUCUCCUCAGCGCUGCCUCCAGAGACGCCACAGGCACCGAAAGAACAUACGGCGGUGGUCAGCAACACGAGCUUGAAGCUCGACAUGAUCGCGAACCGGACCGUCGACACCGACCCGUCGAUCAGCCUGCUGUUUGCAUUUACAAACAAUACGGCACAGCAGGUUACGGAGCUUCAUUUUCAGUUGGCAGUGACAAAGGGCUACGAGUUGUUGCUGGACCCGCAGAGCGGGAGGACACUGGCACCUAAACAAAGCCGAGGCAUCACGCAGUCCAUCAAAGUGCGCCAUGCCGGCAACCCAUUUCAAAAGGUCGAGUCCAUCAAGCUCAGGUGGCGGGUGUCAUACAAGGUUGGGGGUGAGCUGAAGCAGGAGAUGGGAGAGAUUCCAGAGUUUACUGUCGCAUAGGAGCCGGUGGUUCUAAACGAAAUCGCCAAAGUGAAGUACCUAGAGUGUAUGUCAUUCGAUAGCG